AUGCAUGGAUUCUCCACUGUUGAUGGGUUUGUGGAGAUAAGUGAAUGCUUGGCAGAGAUGAUUAAAUACGUGGCGAAUGAACCAUCUGCUGGUCUUUUCUUCAUCCAACAGCAUACUCAAAAUGCAGUUCCCAAUGUCAUUAAGCUUAAGAACAAGGUUAUUGAAAAGUCUCAUGAAACGCGUUUGCACACAGAAGAUUUGGAGGACUCUAUCACAAUGGUGAAAUCAAUGAAAGAGUGUGGAUUCCCAAUAAUUGAUGAGAUGAUUGGAGACAUUAAAAAAACUUUGGCUACUAUGACAUCAAAGCAACCAAAACGAGUGCUACCGAGUCUGCCAGCAUCAAAUCUUCAGUCAGAAAGACCUAGUUUUUGGAGUAAUUCUGCAGUUGAUCCCCAAGAGGGAAGUGAAAAAAGGGGCAACUAUUUUUCUAGUGUUUUUAAAUUUUCAAAGCAGAAGGAAAGCAGUCUCAAGUGGCCGCAACAUGAUUCUACAGGAUCAAUCAAUCCCAAGACUGAGAAGGCAGAGCUGUACCCUAAUGAGCCUUUGUCUGUCACAUAUGCAAGCAGUUGUACAUCUUCAGACAAGUUGCCAAUGCCAAGAGACGUUGAAUAUGAAUCUCUGCCGGAACAGAGUGAUAUUGGGAUUAAGUUAUUGUCAGUAACAGAAAAAUAUGAUGACUUCAAAGCUAGUAAACAAGCUAAGCUGGAGGAGUGGCUGGAAGGAACAAAUAACCAUGAUUGUCGGACAAGUGAUGAAAAUAGGCCUUAG